CGAUUUAUGGAGCCCGCAGCAAUGGGAUUUUUUAAAAUUUUGACAUUGAUAAUCGGAGUACUUUCUCUAUUAUUAAAUCUCGCAAAGUGCGCCGAUGAUGUCCUCAAUGGAGGGCAAUCGAACAAUGAGAUUGGUACAGACAAUGUAACAUCGACGUUCCUAAAUUUCGGUCGAAAGGCCAACGGGGAUCGACGUUAUUGGUACGAGAAUCUGAAUGAUGCCGAUAGGAUGCUGAAAAGUAAGACCGAUAUCCUGUCUCAUCUCUUGAAGAUGCACAUAGAUCGAUUGCGCAACGAGACCAAUCAGGUGGAACUGGUGUUUCUGGUGGACGCGUCCGACUCGAUCGGCUCCAAGAACUUCCGCAGCGAGUUGAAUUUCGUGACGAAGCUCCUGUCGGACUUUACGGUGGAUGAGACGACCACCCGGGUCGCGGUGGUCACCUUCGGCGGCAGAGGCAACGUAUAUCGUAACAUCGAUCAGAUCUCGCGACAUGGACCGAACGAUCACAAGUGUUACUUGCUGAACAAGCAGUUCGGCAAUAUCACUUACAGCGGCGGGGGAACUUAUACACGUGGCGCUCUUCUCGAGGCGCUGACGAUCCUCGAGAAGAGUCGCGAAAAGGCGAACAAGGUGGUAUUUCUGAUAACCGACGGCUUCAGCAACGGCGGCGAUCCGCGACCCGCUGCCGAUCUCUUGAAGAAUACGGGCGCGACCGUGUUCACGUUCGGCAUCCGUACGGGAAACGUAGAGGAGCUGCACGACAUCGCCAGUCCACCCGGGUACACGCAUAGCUAUCUCCUCGACAGUUUCGCCGAGUUCGAGGCUUUGGCGCGACGCGCCCUGCAUCGGGAUUUAAAAACCGGACAGUACGUGCCCGUGACUGUAUCAACCGAUUGCAACAGCCUUUGCUCAGAUGCUAAUCGAACCUGCUGCGACGAUAUGGCGAUUUGUACCUGCGGUACCGCAACCGGACGUUACGCCUGUAUCUGCCCGUCCGGUUACUACGGUUCCGGUCUUAAAGGUUUCUGCCAACCUUGCCCGAACGGAACGUAUGCUUCUGGAAACGCUUCCGGGGAUUUCAUCGCUGUAUGCAUACCUUGCCCGGAUGCGAAUCACGUUACAAUCAAGAUUCCUGCGACCUCGAUAUUCGACUGCGUGUGCGCCUUUGGAUUUACCACGAACGAUUACAAAUGCGAGGCUAUAACGUGCCCGAAACUAAGAGUUCCUGAAAACGGAUACCUAGUGAAGGCGAGCGCUUGUAGCAACGUGGUGCAUGCGGCGUGUGGCAUAAGAUGUAGAAUCGGCUUCCAUCUCACGGGAGACAGCAUUCGACUUUGCGGAAAGGAUGGCUCUUGGUCCGGCAACGAACCGCAGUGUUUAUUAAAAACGUGUCCGGCUCUACGCGCACCUGCACAUGGCCAUAUGAAGUGCGAACAUGACGAGGAUUAUCAACAACAAUUUGAGGAAGACUCUACUGUUUAUCCGAUCGACACGCGUUGUCAAUUCAAAUGUGAUGUUGGUUAUCAGCUUCGCGGCAGCAAAGUGCGUAACUGUCUACCCUUGUCUCGGUGGGACGGUCUGAAAGUCACGUGCAAAGCUGUGAAGUGUGAACCUCUGCCGCGAAUCGCGAAUGGAAACAUUAUCCCGGAAAUUUGUACCGGUCCAGCAAAAGUGUCCUUCGCCAUCAAUUGCACAAUUAUUUGCGACGGGGGUUUCACCCUGGAAGGACCCUCUAGUAGAUCGUGCAGCGGACGUAUAGGAAUCUGGUCCCAUCGUCACAACGUUAAUCGAUGCAUUGACAAAAUACCACCCUUGAUCAAAUGUCCGGCCGACAUUGUUGUGGAAACCGUGAAAGGUCGAAAUUAUGCGUAUGUGAAUUGGACGGUACCCGAGGUGAUAGAUAAUGCGAACGAGUCGCCUAUUUUGUGGACGAAACCGCACAUCGUCUUGCCAUGGAAGGUAAAAAUCGGUACACGCAUCGUGGUAUACAUAGCGCAAGAUGCAAACGGCAACAAGGCCAGAUGUAAAUUUAAAGUCAAAGUUCUUGAUCGAGAACCGCCCACCAUCGAAAAUUGCAUCGAUCCGCCAACUUUCUAUACCGAUCUUGAUAAUGGUCUUAAUAAUGUGACAUGGGAUGAGCCUGUCUUCUAUGAUAAUUCGAGGACCUCGGUGCGAGUUAAUCAGAGCCAUCAAUCUGGCGAGAAUACUUUUCCGAUCGGGCGAACGAGAGUUUUCUAUAAUGCUACCGACAAGUAUGGCAAUCGAGCGAGUUGCAUAUUGAAUAUUAUAGUAGAAGAUAUAUGCAAAAAUUUGACAGAACCUACCAAUGGGCGGUUAAAUUGUUCUUCGACAGACGAUCGCAAAAUGCAAUGCACUCUAACUUGCGAAAAAGGCUAUGAUUUUGCACUCGAACCAACAAAUUUCAAUGUUGUCGAUGAUGAGUUGUUGUUAAAAUGUAAUUCUAGCGAUCAUAUAUGGGAGGAUAAUUAUCUACCGGAAUGUUCAGAAGCGCAAAUAUUAAAGACGAUAUCUCAGGAGGGAAAUGUGCUAUUGCAAAGCAAUGGAAGUACAAUAUGCGACAAUGAAACGGUUUUCCAUGAAUUAAGUGAUAAUAUUAUUGAUGAUUUAAAAUCAAAAGUGUUGGAUAUUUGCGACAACGAUCUCGAAUGUUCUCUGGUUAAUUUUAAUCCUGAGUGCGAAGAGGAUCUUUUGACAUCAAAAAGUUUCGAGGACAAUUUGAUAAGAAGACGAAGAUUUAAUCAUGGAUCUAUAAUUAUAUUCAAAAAAAAUAAGAUACUUGAAAGAUUGAAACGCGUAGCUAGAUUGAAUUCCAAUACCAAUAAAAAUAAAACCAGACCCAGACAAAAGAAAGAGAGGAUAGAGAUUAAAUUUAAGUUUAUAGGCAGAAUAAUCGAAGAAAACUUUGAAAAUCCUAAACAAGGAGUGCAAAAGUUGAGAGAAAAAAUCGACACGUUGAAGAAUUUGGGAAAAUUAGAUUUAUUGAAUAACAGAACAAACCAGGAAAUUGCGAAGUUAGCUUUGAAUCUACAUCUCGUGUUCAAGGAGCCUCAAGAUCUCUGCGAUUCCGGAAGUGUGCUGAAGAAAUACAGUUGCGUAAAAUGUCCCGCGGGUACUUUUUAUAAUGCCUCGAUAAAAAUUUGCCAACCGUGUCCUUUCGGACAAUAUCAGAAUGCAACUGCUUCAUUAAAGUGCAUACCUUGUCCGGAGCAUACUUUCACGAAGAGGAUGCACGUGAAAUCGCUGAAAGAUUGCAUUCCUAUGUGCCGACCAGGAUAUUAUUCUCAGCAUAAACGCUAUCACGGAUCGCGUUUAGCUACGCAGCCUUGUUUCGCAUGCGACAUCGGUUUCUAUCAGCCGAGCUACGGACAAACUCAAUGUUCACCGUGUCCGUUCAAUACGACGACGGAAAAGCGUGGCUCCGCAAAUAUUCAUGACUGCUUGCCGAUACACGAUAAGAUCGACGAUUGUCGGACGGAUCCGUGUUUAAACGGUGGGCGAUGCGUGGUUCAAGAUGAAGGCGAUUUCGCCUGCGAAUGUCAAGAAUAUUACGUGGGAUCGAAAUGCGAAGAGUUCAAGGAUCCAUGCAAUUCUUCGCCGUGCUUAAACGAGGGAAUGUGUAAAGUACAACGGUAUCCUGAUAAUUCUGUGACAUACGAGUGCACGUGCAAAAGCAGUUAUACAGGCGUCAAUUGUGAGAUUUAUAUAGACGAAUGUUCCACCAAUCCUUGUCAAAACGGCGGAAAAUGCACGAGCACCGAGAGUGAUUUCACCUGCGAGUGCAAGGACGGAUUCGAAGGUCAGUUUUGCGAAAUUCGGAUGGAUCAUUGCGAGCUUAUGCCCUGCGAGGAGGAAUCCGUAUGUCGCACCAUCAACGGAACCUGGCGAUGCUUCUGCAAACCCGGAUUCCUAGGCCGUCAUUGCAACCUAUUGCCCUGCGACUGGCUACCAUGUCACGCGAACGCGAUUUGCGUAAAUGUCAAGGAGGAAAAUGCAACGCGAGAGAGUUACAGGUGCGAAUGUCCCGACGGAUAUACUGGAGAGGAUUGCGCGACGAGAAUCAAUUACUGCGAGAGGUCGCCUUGCUUAAAUAAUGGGAAUUGCAUCAAUCAGAUGCGCAAUUACACUUGUAGUUGCCCAAUGCUUUUCACAGGACGCAACUGCGAAACUGAAUUGUCAUCUGAUUAUGUGAUGCACUUUACAAAGUCCAGCACGACGGACUACGUCAUCGUGAAAGAACUCGCGAAGGAUCUAUCUCAGUUGUCCGUUUGUCUGUGGCUACAGUCGAUGGACACUUUCAAUUAUGGUACGGUGUUGUCGUACGCGACAAUGUUUCACGACAACGCUUUUACAUUGACAGAUUAUAACGGAUUCGUCUUGUAUAUUAACGGGGAAAGAGUCGUGACCGAUAUUAAAGUCAACGAUGGUUAUUGGCAUUUCCUGUGCGUUACUUGGGAAAACGGAUACGGCUCCUGGCGCGUAUUUGUCGACGGAGUCCUCAAAGACAGCGGCACUCGUUUAUCUCAGGGAGUUGUCAUACAAGCCAAUGGAUCCCUCGUUAUCGGACAAGAACAAGAUUAUCUGGGGGGUGGCUUUUCGGAAUCGGAAGCGUUUUUGGGAAAACUCGGCCUACUAGAUAUAUGGGACAUCGUUCUGGAUGAGAAGAACAUUACAGCACGAUGGAACAAUUGUGAAAAAUAUCAUGGGAACGUCGUAGCUUGGGCGCAGAUGCAACAAUAUAUUCACGGCGAUAUUGUGAUCUUAGCUAGCCCGUUUUGUCACGGCUGCCCCUUACCCGUAGUACCGUUCAAAAGUAAUAUUAAUGUGAGCGAGGACCUGUCGGAGGUAACGUAUUAUUGCGACAACGGAUACGUGAUUCGGUUCGCUGGUGAGGAACACCGGUCCCUCGCUAGAAAAUGUCUCAAGCAUGGCCAAUGGGAAGGACACGAUACGCCAAUCUGUACAAAAAUAAAAUGCGGCUUUCCGGGAUACUUUCCGCGAGGAUAUAUUUAUGGCAAAUCGUAUUCAUUCGGGGAUGAGAUAUAUUAUUCUUGCGCCGAGGACUACGAACUUCGAGGGAAUCCUCAUCGAAUUUGCAAUUCCGAUGGAAAGUGGACCGGCCUGCCUCCGAUCUGCAUAGGAAUGACAUGCAAAAACUUGCUAGCCCCCGAACACGGAGAUAUAGAAUACAUAUUGGAAGAGAAUGAAAGAGAUGAUAUCACGAUAUUACAGGCUGGCCAACAAUUGGAAUUCAAAUGCAGUCCCGGAUAUCGUCUACAUGGGGAAAAAUAUUUGACUUGUUUAGAGACCGGUAUUUGGGAUUACGAGAGACCGUCCUGUAUACUUUACGGAUGUCCUCCGCCGAAAAAAAUAAAACACGGCUACGUCGCCUUCGCGAAUUCCAAUAAAUCAAACCAGACUUUCGUUUACGGUCCCGAGGAGAAUACAAUCGACGAUCUCUCCAAAAGAACGUAUCAUUACGAUGAUAUCGUUGGAUUCCUUUGCCAUCACGGGUACAAAUUUCACGGAAAUCACAGUCUAUUGACGGAAUUCAAGCUACAGUGUUUGGCCAACGGCAGCUGGAUUGGAUUCGUCCCCGAUUGUGUUCCGCGCGUAUGUCCUUGGCCGGAUCGUAUGAAAAAUGGAAGAAUCUUCCUCAGGAAACAAGACAAUAGCACGAUCGAAAUUCCCGAGGAGGGAGACGCGAUGUCCGAAUCUGUUGAUGGUAUAGCAACAGACGAGAAAGAAAUCUCUCCGGAAAUGUUCGUUUCCGGCGCGGAAAUCGUCAUCGUCUGUGAUCCGAGAUACGAAUUGAUCGGAGACAAUGUCAGAACGUGCACCAACGAAACUUGGUCCUCGACUUUCGCCUCUUGCGCGCCCCGCAAUUGUUCCGUUGAGGAUCAUCCGCUUUUUAAGAUUAUAAAAAAGUUGGAGAACGAAAACGAUGUGAUAUCGCUUGAAUUCGAUAACGAAAAAUGGCAUAGCAUGGAGAAUGUCACGAGCACCUAUAAACAAUUCGAGAUCGUUGCCGAGGGAAAGGCUUACGGGCAACAUAUAAUCCUAACGUGUCGGAAUGGCACACAGAUGAACCUGGACAAGCUGAUUAUCAACGAAACAAUCUCGAAUAUAACGUGGAUGUGUAACGAGAUUGGAAAAUGGAUAGUUUCAAAUUUAUCGUUGAAUGAAUCUGUAUUGGAACAGCUGUUGAACGACUCGACAUACGUCUGCGACAGUUCGUGUGCACCCCCGGAGAUACCAAAAUAUGGGUACAUUGAUAAUAUUAAUAACACCGAUGAUAUAAACAAUCGUAAGGCGAUCAACAACGUCGUGAUCUUCAAGUGCCGUCACGGAUAUGUUUUGGAAGGUGAUGAACGGUCUGUUUGUCUACCGAACGUCACAUGGUCCGCUUUACCCUCUUGCAAACCUGUAGCAUGCGGAGAGCCGCCGAUCUUCGCGAAUGCGAUACUAAAGCGAGAUGUUGACGAAAAAACUCAGAAUUUUAUUUUCGGUAACAUGAUUUCUUAUCAGUGUAUUCCGGGCUAUCGUGUAUUUGGACAAAUGACUUUAAGAUGUUUGGGAAGCGGAAAGUGGUCGAGAAUGAACGGCAGAUGUUCGAAAAUAUCAUGCGGCAAACCGCAGAUUCAGCCUGGAAUCAUGCUUCAUGGCCGUUCUUAUCUAUUUCAAGAUCAAUUGACUUAUGUGUGUUCCGAUGGUAAAAAGCGGGGAGUGAUUACAUGUCAAGCCGACGGGAAAUGGAACGAAUCCCUGAAAUGUAACGGAAAUAAAAAUACGUAACUCUCACACGAUGAUUGAAUUUUCUCGCGCACAAUUCAGUAAAAUGACAUUUUCGUUUUUAAUAACAACACACAUGUUUUUAUUUCUUUCUGAGUUUCUCGUAUCAAGAUUUACGAAUGUGAUAUAGAAAACGUAAUCACGCAGUCUUAUCACGAAAUAAAUAACUUAGUUUGAGAUUUACAGAAUAGUACGUACAGAUAUGCGGUAAUAUUUGAUCUAAAUAUUAUUUAUGCACAAUUUUUUCGUAUUGUAAUGGUUAAUUUCAAUAUAUCGUACUCCUCUUUUGAGAAUACAUAUAUUUUUUUCAUGUUUAACUGUAAAAGUUGGUGUAUAUCGAUACAAAUAAUUCUCAUCUCAAAAAUUGGCAUUGUGUUGAACUCGCAUAUUCGUGUACGAUAGAUUCAUCAAUACUGG